AUGUCGGCCCCGACCAGCAAGACGUUUGGCAAGUCGACCCGGGAGGUCCCUCACCACUCCGAGAAGGCUCAGAAGUGGUAUCCCGCCGACGAUGAGUCCAAGCCCAAGACUGUCCGCAAGGCCAUCCGCGCUUGGACUCCUCGCCAGUCCCUCCAGCCUGGUACCGUCCUGAUCCUCCUCGCUGGUCGCUUCCGUGGCAAGCGUGUCGUCCUCCUCAAGACUCUCGACCAGGGUGUUCUUUUGGUCACUGGCCCCUUCAAGAUCAACGGUGUUCCCCUGCGCAGAGUCAACUCCCGAUACGUCAUCGCCACAUCCCAAAAGGUCGAUGUCAGCGGUCUCGACUCCGCCAAGGUUGACGAGAUCUCCAAGAAGGAGUACUUUGUUGGUGACAAGGUCAAGGACAAGGCCGGUGAGGAGGCCUUCUUCAAGCAGGGAGAGAAGCCACAGAAGAAGGAGAUCAGCAGCAGCCGAGCUGCCGACCAGAAGGCCAUCGACAAGGCCCUCAUUGCCUCGAUCAAGAAGGUCGACUUCCUGCCCAGCUACCUCGCCUCUUCUUUCAGCCUGCGCAAGGGUGACAAGCCCCACGAGAUGAAGUGGUAG